AUGGCCCGAACGGAAGUUCAAAGGGAAGGUGAUGAUUAUGACAUUCCAAAUGAAGCAGAUGACAUUCGUUUGAUGAAUGGAAGUCGGGUGGAACCUUAUCAUGGUUGCGAAGCUGGUCCGAGCAAUGAAGAAGCAACCAACAUGAACUUUGAAGAUGGCGGGGCCGAUGUGAAAAAAGAAAUGGUUGAUGAUGCUCAUGGCAAUGACAUGGUUGGUGAUGUUGAACGUGCUAUUCUGGAACAGAAAUUUGAUUCGGUCGAAGAUGGAGAAGCUUUCUAUAAUGCGUAUGCUAAAACCAAGGAAUUUAGUAUACGAAAAUCCAGAUUUAACACAAAUAAAGAGGGAAAGGUCGUUAGUAGGCUGUGGUUGUGUUCAAGGGAAGGUCAGAGAUUACCAAUAUACUUGGACCAUGUUGUUGAGAAGAGUAGAGCUCCCAAGGUACUAACAAGAGUAGGUUGCAAAGCCCAAUUUCGCAUACGGUACGAUGCAGAUGCUAGUAAAGGGGGAAAGUAUGUUGUGACUCACUUCAUCGCAGACCACAACCAUAAAUUGGCGGAACAACACUGUGUGAUGUAUCUGAGGUCACAUCGUAGUUUAAACAGCGCUGACAAAGCUCAAGCAAUAGCUAUGCGCAACGUCGGUGUGAAGACUAGCCAAAUCAUGGACUAUAUGGUAAAUCAAUCCGGGUCUUAUGAGAAUGUUGGUUUCGUCCGUACGGAUCUGCACAACCAUAUUCAAACCGAACGUAAAGCAGAAGUUGAGGAUGGUGAUACGCAGGGUGCGUUGGUUUACCUAUGUGCAAAACUUGAUGUUGAUGCACCUAAUGAGACAAUUGAGACAUACACAUGGGUUUUGGAAACAUUUAUGGAGGCAAUGGGCAAUAAAGCACCUAUGUCCGAACUGACAGAUGGGGAUAAGGCGAUGCGAGAGGCAAUCAGAAGAGUAUUUCCAGACGCAAGACAUCGAUUAUGUAAUUGGCAUCUUGGGAAAAAUGCUGUUUCAAAUGUUCACAUAAGUGGCUUUGCACAUGCUUUCAAGCAGUGCAUGGACAUGGAAACGGAUGAGACAAAGUUUGAGCAUGGCUGGACGACAAUGGUCGAAAAAUUUGGACUUCAAACGAACAGUUGGGUGUUGGAGACAUAUGAGAAACGUCAUAUGUGGGCUGAGGCAUAUAUGCGUGGACAUUUUUUUACUGGGAUGAAGAGCACUCAACGCUCGGAGUGUAUGAAUGCUUAUUUCAAUCCCUUCCUCCAACACAAAUUGAAGCUAUAUGAAUUUGUUAGGCACUAUGAUCGGGCUCUUGCAAGGAUAAGGUAUAACGAGGCUGGAGAUGAUGCUGAAACAAAUAACACUUUUCCGAUGGACAAGGGCUGCAAGCAAGGAUGGCCAGCAAUGGCCUCAACCCUCAAUUGA